ACGUAGUCCGACAGGGAAGAGCCGGGGAUGCGAACAAGAUAAAUCGGCCGCCAGGUUAUGGGCUGCACCUGCACACUUUCACUCGGGCUUAGCGUGACGGCCACAACCUCCGAUUUCCAAGGGCUCUUCUCUCAGAGAACUGCACUGCAAAGGAUCAUGAGACACCAGACCUUUGUUGGAGCAUAGACUGGCUAAACUGGAAGAAUUCUUCACCACUCAAGCUCCCAUCAUCUACCACACACUCACUCAGAUGGAAGUAAAGGGAGAUUAGCGUACUGCUAACUUUUCUUAGUAUCAAAGAGAACGCCUGGGUCACUGAUAUCCAGGGCUGAAAUUUUCAAUUCACAGCAAGUUUCUUGGGGAGACAGCUCUGGGAAUGAUAUGGUUCUGAAACAUGGAACUUGACCUCAGUUUCUAAGGGACAGCCUCUGAGGAAAGAAUCCUGUUCCUAGGCUCUCACUUUGUCUUUCUAGGACUCUACCUAAGAGGCACUUUCAACUCUUAAAUUCAUUCCAAAAAACAGACCUGUGCUUUUUUGCUUGCAUGUAACCUUUAUCCUACCACUCAAAUAUCUGACUCCCCUUUGGUGACCAUUUCUCUGCAGCUGAAGUCCAUAGCUAUCAAGCAGGAGAAAAGAGGAGGCAGGGAACCCAGGAAUACAUAUCCUAAGAAAGAACAGAACCCAAAAUUGGCCUCUAAGCGGGCAACACUCACUCCACUGAUACCCGCUCUGUGCUAAGCAUGAGGCUGGGCUCUGGAGGCGGGGGUGGCCUGAAGAAGGCAGCUCAGGCCACGCUCCAGGGCGGGGCGACCCUGGUUAACACGAGCAUAGUAAGUAGUCUUUCAGGCACAGAUAAACUCUCCGGGAGAUUUCUUCAACAAACCCCUCAGUCCUGACGUUAAACCCAGAACUGAAGAAAUGAAGCUUUACCCCGUAACACAGUCAAACUCCUACAAGGUCACAGAAUUAAAAGACUCUUCCAUCACACUAGGAAACAACAGCUCUGUCUUAGGUGGGCGGUCUUAAAACCCAGUGUCACUUACGCCCUAUCUGGGCUGACCACGGUCACCCAAAAGGUCCAGCAUCGGAGCGGCGACACACAUAAUCACGCCCCCGUCACGGCCCCAUCACCCCACACACAGCCCGCCUCCUCACGGCCAAAGUCGCUCGCACCCUUAAACACGCACACGCGGGCCUGAGCUCCAGGCUGCACACGCCUUGUCGACGCCGUUGGGGCUCGGGGCUUCCUCACCGUGAGCGCCCGCUGCGCUCGGCCUCCGGGACCUCUCGGAGCGCGACGACUGAGAACUGAGGACUCCCGUUCUCACCACUGAGCGGGUAUCACCAGAGAUGAACCACAGACCCAAGUUGUCUUCAAAAGCUGCACGGGGUCUGUGGGAAAUGUAGUUCAAGGUUGGAAAGGCCCGGAUGCCGAGGAGGCGCGGAGACCGCGGCCGCGGCCGGGGAGGCCGAAUCGCGGAGACACUUGGGAAGCACUGCCCGCCCCUGGGUACGCAGGCGCAGACGGCUGGCCGCGGGUCCGAGGUGGGUAGUCUCCAGCUGGAAUGGAUUGGGAACUGGAGAAGGGAAGAGGAGUCAGUCAGGGACAAGAAGAGGCUAUAUGACUGAUUCCAUUAUAAUUUAGUGCAGUCCUCUUGAACAGGAGGAUCCACGCCAACCCAGGCAGGCUCCAUCCAUGGGUUCCCCAUCUAGAGCCCAGGAACUGCCCCUUCCCAAAAGAGAGCCGGAGGAAGACUGCUCAUCUCUUACAAUCUGAAAAUCAUGGCUCAGUUCCAAUCCAUGCAGGGAUCAGUGUCAUUCAAAGAUGUGACUGUCGACUUUACUCCAGAGGAGUGGCAGGAACUGGAUCCUGCUCAGAAGACUCUAUACAUGGAUGUAAUGUUAGAAAACUAUUGUCACCUCGUUGCUGUGGGCUGUCAUAUGACGAAGCCUGAUGUAAUCCUCAAGUUGGAACAAGGAGAAGAGCCAUGGACAUCAUUUGCAGGUCAUACCUGCUUAGAAGAAAACUGGAAAGCUGAAGACUUUUUAGUGAAAUUCAAGGAACACCAAGAUAAGUAUUCUACAUCAGUUUUAUUCAUCAACCACAAAAAACUCAUUAAGGAGAAUAGUAAUGCAUAUGAAAAGACAUUUAUGUUAAGCAAAAGCUCUGUUAGUUCUAAAAGUCUACCUCCUGAAUAUGAAACUCAUGGAAAGAUUUUUAAAAGUGUUUCAGAAUUAAUCAUCAGUAAUCUAAGCCCUGCAAGAAAGAGACUUAGUGAAUAUAAUGGAUAUGGGAAAUCACUCCUCAAUACUAAGCCAGAGACAGCUCAUCCUGGAGCCACAUCCCAUAUUCAACGUGGCAGGGCUGUCAUUCAUAAUGAAAUGCUUAUGCAGUAUCAAAAGAUGGAAACUUCAGCACAGUCAUUUGGAUAUAAUAACUGUGAGAAAUCCUUCCUUAAAAAGGGAGGCUUAAUUACACAUAAUAGAGCUUACAGAAGGGAAAAUCCAUCUGAAUACAAUAACAGGAGAAGGGCAACCAAUAUUGAAAAAAAGCAUACAUGCACCGAAUGUGGAAAGUCCUUCUGUAGGAAGUCAGUAUUGAUUCUGCAUCAGGGAAUUCACACAGAGGAAAAACCCUAUCAAUGUCAUCAAUGUGGAAAUUCAUUUAGAAGGAAGUCUUAUCUCAUUGAUCAUCAAAGAACUCACACAGGGGAGAAACCCUUUGUUUGUAAUGAAUGUGGUAAGUCCUUCCGCUUAAAGACAGCCCUCACUGAUCAUCAGAGAACACAUACAGGGGAGAAAUCAUAUGAAUGUCCACAGUGUAGAAAUGCCUUCAGAUUGAAGUCACACCUCAUUCGUCAUCAGAGAACACAUACCGGAGAGAAACCAUAUGAGUGUAAUGACUGUGGGAAGUCCUUCCGCCAGAAGACAACACUCUCUCUACAUCAGAGAAUUCAUACAGGAGAGAAACCCUAUAUUUGUAAAGAAUGUGGGAAGUCCUUUCACCAGAAGGCAAACCUUACUGUACAUCAGAGAACUCAUACAGGGGAAAAACCCUAUAUUUGUAGUGAAUGUGGGAAAUCCUUCUCCCAGAAGACAACCCUUGCUCUUCAUGAGAAAACUCAUAAUGAGGAAAAACCCUAUAUUUGUAGUGAAUGUGGGAAGUCCUUCCGCCAGAAGACAACCCUUGUAGCACAUCAGAGAACACACACAGGGGAAAAAUCCUAUGAAUGUCCUCAUUGUGGGAAGGCUUUUAGGAUGAAGUCAUACCUCAUUGAUCAUCACAGAACUCACACAGGAGAGAAACCAUAUGAAUGUAAUGAAUGUGGGAAAUCCUUCAGUCAGAAGACAAAUCUCAAUCUACAUCAGAGAAUUCAUACAGGGGAGAAACCCUAUAUUUGUAAUGAAUGUGGGAAGUCCUUUCGCCAGAAAGCAACCCUCACUGUACAUCAGAAAAUACAUACAGGGCAGAAAUCCUAUGAAUGUCCUCAGUGUGGGAAAGCCUUUAGCAGGAAGUCAUAUCUCAUUCAUCAUCAAAGAACUCAUACAGGAGAGAAACCAUAUAAAUGUAAUGAAUGUGGGAAAUGCUUCCGCCAGAAGACAAAUCUCAUUGUACACCAGAGAACUCACACUGGGGAGAAACCCUAUAUUUGUACUGAGUGUGGUAAGUCCUUCAGUUAUAAGAGAAACCUCAUUGUCCAUCAAAGAACUCACAAGGGAGAAAACACAGAAAUGCAAUAAACGAUGUGAUAUCUUUGUGAAGCCUUUUCAAGUUAUUGUAAAACUUUAGUUUUUUUUAAGCAUGCUAAAUAUGGUAACAGGUACUUUUAAUCACAAAUGUAAUAAUAGUUUUUAAAGUACCAUACCACAUAACUAUUUACCUACUGUUUACUAACAUAUAAAAUGGGUAUGAUCAUGGUUAUUGAACCAUAUCAGCUAUGAAGCUAAUUUUUUAAGUUUUCGGGUUCUGCUGACUCCAUUUGUAUAAAUACAUGCAGAAGCAAGAUACAUACUAGUUAUAAGCAUCAGUCUCCAUAAAAGAAAUAAAAUAUGAAGUAUAUUUCUUAUUGCACUCUGGAAUAAAAUGUAAGUGUUACUUCCCCAAAGAUUACCGCUUCCCUCUCUUCAAUAUCAUGUAGUUUUUGCAUGCCUUUCAAUUGUAUAUAUAUUUUGUCAUGUCAUGAAUUCUUUUGUGUCCUGAUUCAACAUUUUUAAGAUUUCAUGCAUUAUUGCAUGUGGCAGUAAUGUAUUCGUUUUCAUUCUGUAUACUAUUCCAUUUUAAGAAUAUACCACUAUUUAUCCUCUUGAUGGAUAUUUGUUUUUUUAUAAUUCAUGUUAUAAUAAAAUACUAUUAAAUAUUGUAUAUGUGUAUGUAUAUAUAGUUCUGUUGAUUUUAUACUAAGACUGGAAGUAGUCCAAGGGUGUAUGUAAAUUUUUCAGAUAUGGUAGAUACUACCAAACACCUCUCAGACCUUGCUCAAAAUGAGGUGAUUCACUUUGGAGACUAACAGUCUAAUUGUAAUCAAUAUGGUAAAGGUCUUUACCAGUCAUUCAACUGGGGAAUUCCUACUAAAAAUAAAUCCUUAUAAUAUUGUGAGAAGGCUUUAAGCAUGAAUAUAUGUAAAAUAGAAAGACCUUUAGCUGUGGCUUAAAACUUAGACAAAACCAGAGAAUAUGUAUUGGAGGGAAUCCUAUAGUUGUGAUUACUGGAGUCCAUUUAAAGCCAUAAUUUAUGCCUUAUAAAAAUUAAAUACUUCAUAUUAGAGAAAGGGAAAUUAAGGAGCAUAGGUGAGUCAAAUUUGGGAGUACAGGAGUCAUAGUAGGCAGAAUUAUGAAAAAAAUAUAUUAAGUAAGCCUAUGUAUCGUAAUAAGCCUAUUAAAUAAACCUUUUAUACUAUGAUUUGUCUCACAGGAAAUGUGGGUCUCUGAAAAUCUCAAAUGAAAAAUAACGAGAGAUUCUGUUUGAGAAAUGGAAAUCUGCUAAGAUGAUAAUGUCUAUAGCGUCUUUUCUGUGAAAAUAGUAAGCUCAGCAGCAACUUCAACAGUGUUACUGAAGGCCCUUAGGAUUGCUCAUAACCAAUAUUUACUAUGUACAUGAAGUUACUGUGUACAAUAAAGCUUAGUAUAAUUUUAAGCUGUUUGACUUUUCCAAUUGAAUAGAACUGUAUAUGAACAAGAAAAUGGUUGGUGGUUUAAAUGUCUGACAAAAAAUUUAAUUCUUUUGGCCUAUGAAAAGGGACAGCAAUUGUCAGUGGAUAGUAAAUAGAAAUAAUGCUUAUCAGUCCUGGUCUUGCACACUUCAGAGCAAAAAAGGAAUAGUGGGUAAUAUACAUGAAAAUUUAGACUUGAAAGGGAUAUAAAAUAUAUAAUGUC